GACUUGAAUGUGCUCGAGCGGCACAAGGAGCUCCUCGCCAAGUGGGCGAUACAACUGGCCGAGCCAGCUGCGCCAGCUGCGCUAGCUGCGCCAGCUCUGCCAGCUGCGCUAGCUGCACUAGCUGCGCCAGAGGCAGACCAGCCAGAAGAUCCAAAGGAGCCCGAGGUGGAGUUGCCAGAGGCGGAGCCAGAAACAGCAGAGGAGUCGGAGGAGGAGGUGUUGCCGGAGCCGCAGGGCUUCGAGUCUGCGCGGGAGGUUGCUCGUCAGAA